ACUGAAUGUUUUAUAAGAGGUGUAAAAAUUUUACUAAAACAUCAAUAAGUGUUCCAGUGCUACUAAUUUUAAUUUGGAUUUCAAAAAUUUGCAUCAGCGACUUAAAAGGAAAGUGCUUCAAGAUUUAUUAUAAAUUAAGCUGAAAUUAGAUUCCCUCGGAAAAUUACUUUGUUUCUUAGUGAAUUUCGCCGUUAUGUUAAUAGUACUUCCAUUGCUGAAGUAGCUUAUGGUAUUGAAUGGGGAAAUAGUAGUACAAGAGUACAAAAAGAUCUUAUGUUUAUGUUGCUCAGAGCGAACAAGCCGAUACAAUUCGUUUGUGGACCAUUGGGGGAUUGCAACUUUGAGACGUUUUAUAGAAUAAUGUCAACUGCUUAUAAAUUUACUAGUUUGAAAACAGGUCUUGGGAAUUAAAACUUUAUACAAAGUUAAUUUAAUACAAAUUAAUAGUUUUUCAUAAUCAAAAAUAACAGAAAAUAAAAAUGUUAGUUUUAGUUUUAUUAAUCACAACGCUUCACAUUUUAUUUUUCACUUGGUACUUUAUUGAAAAAGCUAAAUAUAGGAAUCUUGAGAAAAAAUUACCUGGACCUCCCGUAAAAUUAUUAACUGGUAAUAUUGGAGAAUUUGGAAACAACAUUUAUGAUUUAUUUCAAAAUUCUCAAAGAAUUCUAAAAACAUAUGGUAAAAUUGUAAGAGUGUGGCAGGGUCCAUUUCGAAUGAACGUUUUUAUAACAGAUCCAACCCUUACUGAAUUUUUCCUUUCCUCCACUACACAUAUCAAAAAAUCAAGUGGAUAUGAUAUAUUUAAAUCUUGGCUUGGUGAUGGAUUAAUUAAUAGUACCGGCGAAAUAUGGAUGAAGUACCGAAAAAUAUUAACACCAGCUUUUCACUUCAGUGUGUUAGAUCAAUUCCCAAGUGGUUUUCACAACAAUUCACAAAUCUUAGUUGAAACAUUAAAGAAGAAAUCAGGAGAAACGUUUAAUAUAUAUCCAUACAUCAAACUUUACGCAAUAGAUGCUUUAUGCGAAACUUCAAUGGCAGUUAAUUUUCAUUCUCAAGAAGCCGGAAAAAGUUUAUACGUGUCGUGUUUAGAAUCAGCUUUACGUAUUUUUAUGCGUAGAUUUUUUUCUGUAUUAACCAGAUACGAUUCUUUGUUUGCAUUAACACCCGAAAGCAAAAUAUAUAAUAAACUAAUAAAAAAUAUGCAAGAGGUUACUUUGAGUGUUAUCCGGAAACGAAAGAAAGAACUUGGAACUAAUAUAAUCGAAGACGAUAAAGAUAAUGACUUUGGUAUUAGAAAAAAGAGGGUGUUUUUGGAUAGUCUUGUAGAACAUGGUGGUCUUACUGAACAAGAAAUCGAGUGGCAGGUCAACACAUUCUUAUUCGCUGGACAAGAUACUGUAGGAAGUUGUAUAUCAUUUUCACUAUACGAACUUGCAAAACAUCCAGAUGUUUGUGAAAUUAUUCGUAAAGAGAUUAUUGAGGUUGUUGGUGAAGAUAGAAAAGCCAUUAUUACAUCGUCGGAUUUAAAAAAGUUACAAUACUUGGAUCGAGUUUUAAAAGAAUGUAUUCGUUUGUACCCACCGGUACCUCUUUUCGAAAGAGAACUUGUUGAAGACGUUGAAAUAGGCGGUCUAGAAUUUCCAAAGGGAACGACGGUUUCCUUUCACCCUUAUUCGCAUCAUCGCAACCCUGAUUUAUUUCCAGAUCCUGAAGUAUUUGAUCCGGAUCGUUUCUUACCGGAAAUCUCAUCGACUAGACAUCCUUUUGCUUACAUACCGUUUAGUGCUGGACCAAGAAAUUGCAUUGGGCAAAGAUACGCACUUAUGAAUGUAAAAAUAGCGGUGGCUAAUAUAAUAAGAAAUUUUGAUUUAAGUCCUUCAGAAGAUCCGCACACACCGAUUUUAGGUAAUUCGGCGAUUUUAAGGUCAAAGAAUGGUUUACCUAUUAAAUUCAUUUAUAAAAAGUAAAUAUCGAUUUAAUCAUUUGUUAUAUUAAAAGUAUAUU